AGCUGGUUUUUGAGUUGAUAGGGUAUGGUACAUUUAGAGAUAUGUUGACUGCAAAGCUAUGAAUGCAUUCUGUAUUUCAGACAAGUCAGCCUGGCUUUCCUCCUCUAAUUCUGUGAUCAGUGAGUGUCUUGUGUGUUACAUGGCAAUUUGUAUUCAGGUUAUUCUGAUCAAUUUAAUAAUAGAAUGAGGAUAUUAUAAAAUAAUGAUAGAAUCCCUCAUGGCAUUUCACAUUUGUGUUGAAACAACUCUGGCAUUUUAUCUUAAUGUUUGUAUGAUGUUUUGCAUAAGCAGACAAAUUGUAGUAUACUUCUAUUGGAAUCUUUGAUUAAUAGGAAAUUGCUCUAAAGUGCAAUUAAUAGUUCUAAUCUGGAGAUUUAGGUACUAACCAGGAACCAGUUACAAGGAAGCAAAGCAAACUACAACUGUGUAUCUUGGCCCCAUUCUUGGUGGCAUAUAAAUAAAAUUCCAGAAUUCCAAAUGGAGUUUUGCAAAGUUGCUUGCAUAUUCAAACCUCUCUCAUAUUUUCCCUUGAUGAUAUGAUUUUGUCAUAAAAGGCAUACUUCAGUUCUUUGGCAAUUACAUAAGCAUGACCACAUGAGUGACAGCUAGACUAAUGAACUCUAGAAGUCACUCGUUUAUUUACUAUUUAGUAAGCACCUACGGUAUGUCAAAAAUUGAGCUCUAAACAGGAAUUCACAGACUUCCUUCAUAGAACCUAGAUUUUUGAUGGGCAGAAUGUUUUAAAAUCCUAAAAAUUUAUAUAACAUUUGGACUAGCAAUUCCAUUUUUAGGCCAAAAUAAUAGUUUGCAUGUUUGUACACUUUCAAAGUAAUAUAUUAACAAUAUAUUAUUAAGUGCGAAAAAUAAGCUAAAAAGUUCAGGUACAUUUACAUACACCUAAACAUAGAGAAGAUGUGGGGGAUAUUACACGUUCAUCAUGGCAAAUGGUAUCAGUAUAAAGUGCAGUAUUAAGGAGGCUACAUAGUUCCUACUGCCUGGAUUUAAAUCCUGGCUCCAAUCAUUUCUAGCUGGAGUCUUCUGUACACUACUUAACCCCUAAAUCUCUUAGUUUCUUCAUUUAUAAUAUGGGUAAAAUAAUAGUAAAUACUCAGAGGUUUGUUGUGAGGAUUAAAUGCAGUAACACACACUCAGGGCUUAUAAUAGUGCUGAGCUCAUAGGAAGUAUUUAAGGUUUUGCAGUUACUACUCCAAUACUAGGGUAGUGAAGUAGGGGUGAUUUUUAUUGUCUUGCUUAUUUACAUCUUCUAAAGUUUCUGUAUGGUACCGUUUUCUGAUUCAGCUGACUUGGGUGAAGCUUUCCAAGUCAUGAUAGAAAAAUGUCUCACUUCAGAUCCUUGCAAAACAGAAGAAAUAGGUGUAUGCUGUGUGUUGAUUUUUAUGAUUUUUGUUGAAGUUUUUCUUUCAGAAAGCAAAUGUUCCUAUGUUAUCCACGCUCAGAGCCAGAAGAAAUUGGCAUUAAUUUGCCUUCAUAAAUAUUUAUAGAGGGCCUACUAUGUGCUCCUUAACUCUGCAGUGAGAACACUGAGGAUCCAGUAGUUGUAGUCUCUGUCAAUAAGAGGCAGGUGGGCUUCUCUGAGUGAUUAGCAUCUAAUCCUGUAACAUUGGACUUGGAAGUCUGGAUUACAAAAUAGAGACUGUUAAAGCACUGGAAACUCUAACUCAUGUUUUGGAAACAGAAUGUUGGACUCACUAUGUGCUUUCCCAUCAUCAGCCUUGGCCUGCACUUACGACCCAUGACCUCCUCUUCCAUGGGGCUUCUGAAGGAAAAUGAGAGUGCAUUCUAUGAUUGGAGAGGAGUUGUGCUGAGAAGAUUUUCCCAUUUGGCUCCUGACUCGUGUUGGCCUGCUUUCUCUAGAUCAUCAUCAGUAUUUCAGGAUUAUUGUAUUGCCUUGUGUCAUGGACCAGAUUUGAGAGCAGUUAUAAACAAGUAUUGCAAACUAAUCUAUCGUAUCAAAUAUCGACUUGGUCUUUGGAGGACAAGGCAAAUAAUAAACCUUGCAGAGCUAGAGGAAUGGAUGGACAGAAAAAAAUUCUAUGAAACAAUGUUUGCCAAAAGAGAAGGUUGGCAAGGAUUAGACAGAAGUGAGCUCCUUAAAUACUUCAAUGACUGUGGUCAUUUCCCAACCCAUCAGCAAAUUGAUGAAGUUUGGGAUCUGGUCCUUAGAGAAGACCAUCAAAAACACUCUAAUAUUAUCACCAAGUCCAAAGCAAUUGAAAUGCUGUUUACACUUUACCCUCCUCAAGGUGCCCAUGUGCAGAAUAAUAUGUGGCUCAGGUCAACUUGGCUAAAACCCAUAGUCAACGGGGAAGAAGGCUAUAAAUAUAUAGGUGAUGUCUGGUACCAGUUUCUCCUGAAAGGACAUCUAGCAGGAAGAUGAGUGGAACAAGCAACAUGGUUUCCUACUGCAGUUGGUCCUGAGACGGUAAUUGGUACUUACCAUUUUUCUUCUUUAUCAUCUAUUCUGUUGUCUCUUAUCCUGGGCCAGCUUUUCUGCUAAGUUAGAUGAUUUGCUUCAUGGGGUAACCCAAACCUUGAGCUUUGAUGGGUCAGAGUUCCUGGUUAAGGCUCCAGGGACCAGGCCUCAGAUGCUACCGUUUCCUGUCCACUGGACUGGGAGUUACGUUUGCAGCAGUUAGCUGGCUACUGCGACCGUCUAGUUUUGCAAGGCACCAGACUGGUGAAUUCAGUGGAGAGAUGAUGGGACCACAACUUGUGCAUUAUUUAACAUCUUUUCAGGAGGCACCGAUUUCUGACAUUCCACUGAGGAUGGAUUUUUCAUUCUGAUUUAUGAUUUUGGCUGGGUCUGGGGCUGUUUCAGGUGCUUUUCCUUGACUUUUUCCACCUCCCACUCUGACAGGUUAGGGAACCAAUGUGAGGGUCUUGCAAGCUGUUGAUUAUAUCCAUCCUGAUCAUGCCCUCGGAGAUGAGGCUGAAAAACUAGUCAACAUUCAUGAACUCCAUUUACCAGCUGGCUUCCCCAGUCUCAGCUCUAACAUAGAAUCUUGAGGGGCUUGUCCUCCUCUAGUUUCAGUGUCAGCCCAUACCCUUUAUCCAAGAACCCUUGAAAUAUAUGGGCACAAUUUUUCUGGCAAAUGAUUAUAUGUCUCUUUCGGGCAGAUUUGGAGAGUAGAUACCAUAUAUAUUUAUUCUGGCAUUGCAGGGCCAUUCCUCAACAACACCCUGCCUCCCCUUCAGUCAUUGUUUGUUGGAUCUGAUUCCUGUCUGGUAACUGGACAACAAUCAUAGGUUUCUAUUCUGUUGGUGGAUAUUAGGCUUUUCUCACCUUCUCUUGUUCUUUCCAGGCUAAGUAACCAGCACCCUUGUUAGAGGCCUAUCUCAGCUCAGAACCUCAGGGUUUGUUGGCCAUAACUACAGAUAUCUCUUGUUCAUCAUGGGAAUAAAGUCCAUUCUGCCUCCAGUGGGUUAAAUGAUGUUACUUGGCCUCCAUGAUCCCAGAAUCCAGUGAUUCUCAUUGAUGCCACAGGGACCAGUCAUCUAACUGUCACCUACACUGCCCACAAGGACAGCCACCAUUGAAUUUCUCCAUGACAUCAGUGUCCCCAGCUAGCCCAUUCCUUAUCAUCUACAUAAAAGGGGUACCCCAUGGAAUUCCUGUCGUAGC